AUGCUGAAGCCAUCAUUGCUCUUCAGACCCUUCUUAUUCUUGCAGCUACCUCUGCUGGGUUUGGGCCUGAAUUUGAUGACCCCCACUCACAGUGAAAAUGAUGACAUCACAACUGAUUUCUCACUGACCUCUAUACCCUCUGUGUCUCUCAGUGCUUCUAUCCUACCUCUCCCAGAGGUUCAGUGUUUUGUGUUCAAUGUUGAGUACAUGAACUGCACUUGGAACAGCAGCUCUGAGUCCCAGCCUAUCAACUUGACUCUGCACUAUUGGUACAAGAACUCGGAUCAUGAGAAAAUGCAGGAAUGUGGUCACUAUCUGUACUCUGAAGAGAUUGCUUUUGGCUGUUGGUUUCAAAAAGAAGAGAUCCAUCUGUAUCAAACAUUUGUCAUUCAGCUCCAAGACCCAAGAGAAUCCAUGAGGCAGGCUGUACAGAUGCUAAAACUACAGGAUCUGGUAAUUCCCUGGGCUCCGGAAAAUCUAACACUUCACAACCUGAGUGAAUCCCAGCUAGAGCUGAGCUGGGACAACAGAUACUUGGACCAUUGUUUGGAACAUCUGGUGCAGUACAAGAGUGAUCAGGACCACAGCUGGACUGAACAAUCAGUGGACAACAGACACAGUUUCUCUUUGCCUAGUGUGGAUGGGCAGAAACGCUACAUGUUUCGUGUUCGAAGCCGCCAUAACCCACUCUGUGGCAGUGCUCAGCACUGGAGUGAAUGGAGCCACCCAAUCCACUGGGGGAGCAAUACAUUAAAGGAGAAUCCUUCAUUGUUUGCAUUGGAAGCUGCACUUAUCCCCCUUGGCUCCAUGGGUUUCAUUAUUAGCCUCAUUUUUGUGUAUUGCUGGCUGGAAAGGACAAUGCCCCGAAUUCCCACCCUCAAGAGCUUAGAGGACCUAGUUACUGAAUACCAUGGGAACUUUUUGGCCUGGAGUGGAGUGUCCAAGGGAUUAGCUGAAAGUCUGCAGCCAGACUACAGUGAACGGCUCUGUCAAGUCAGUGAAAUUCCUCUAAAGGGAGGAGCCUUAGGGGAGGCACCUGGAGGCUCAUCUAGCAGCCAGCUGCUCCCUCCAUGUUACACCUUGAAACCUGAGUCCUGA